CACCCUCUCGCUCCGCCCUACUGCAAACUCGACGCUCGCGUUCAUUUCAUUCCUGCUCUCAUUCCGAGCAUUCUUCGCAUCUCUAUCGGUGCGGCGGAGAUUCACGUCACAUUCCCGGCCGGCCCAAGAAACACAAGAAUAACUUUACACAGUUUGCAAAAAAAAAAAAAAAAAAAAAAACAAACAAACAAAAAAAUUAUAUAAACACACACUAGAAAAAAAGAAAAAAGAAAAAAGAAAAAGAAACCAAGGGGCCGAACUUAAAAAUUGAUAUAAAUAAAGCGGACGUUAAGUUGGCUGCACAUUUCCUCGCAACAUUUUCGGAGCGGUGCGAAAAACAUCGCGCGGAGAGACUUGUUGCUCGCGCGUCUUUGGCGUUUGCUCGCGAGCUUCUGUUGAAACCUUACCCGAUUCACCGUAGUCUGCUCCAGGCUUCGGCUUGGAGGUCUCAACCGCCAUAAUUGAUCCAAGCAGUUGGAGUGGCAGUGAAAGCUCUGCCGAGGACAUCGAGAGGAUGAGCGACUCGGCGGACAAGCCCAUGGAUAAUGAUGCUGAGGGGGUGUGGAGCCCUGACAUUGAGCAGAGCUUCCAGGAGGCGCUUGCCAUCUACCCACCCUGUGGACGCCGCAAAAUUAUCCUCUCGGAUGAGGGCAAGAUGUAUGGUCGCAAUGAGCUGAUAGCCAGAUAUAUUAAACUCAGAACUGGGAAGACGAGGACAAGGAAGCAGGUGUCUAGUCACAUUCAGGUUCUUGCCAGAAGGAAAUCUCGUGAGUUUCAUUCCAAGCUAAAGGUGACGAGCAUGGAUCAAAGCGUGAAGGACAAAGCUCUCCAGAGCAUGGCUUCGAUGUCUUCAGCCCAGAUCGUCUCUGCCACAGCCAUCCACAACAAGCUGGGUCUUCCGGGCAUUCCGCGUCCUGCCUUCCCUGGAGCAGCAGGGUUUUGGCAGGGCAUGAUAUCCACGGGGCAGCCUGGAUCCUCGCAAGACAUCAAGCCAUUUGCUCAGCAAGCAUAUCCUAUCCAGCCAGCAGUCACAACUACAAUUUCAAGUUAUGAGCCCGCGGCACCACCAGCACCCACAGUGCCCGCCUGGCAGGGCCGAUCUAUCGGCACAUCUAAACUCAGACUGGUGGAAUUUUCUGCUUUUCUGGAACACCAGAGAGAUCCAGAUUCUUAUAACAAGCAUCUUUUCGUGCACAUCGGUCAGACAAAUCACUCAUACAACGAUGCCUUGCUCGAGUCAGUGGACAUUCGUCAAAUUUACGAUAAAUUCCCAGAGAAGAAAGGAGGACUGAAGGAACUGUUUGGCAAGGGUCCUCAGAAUUCCUUCUUCCUUAUAAAGUUCUGGGCUGACUUGAACUGCAACAUUCAGGAUGAAACUGGGGCCUUCUAUGGAGUGACCAGUCAGUACGAGAGUCCGGAGAACAUGACCAUCACCUGCUCCACAAAGGUUUGCUCAUUCGGCAAACAGGUCGUGGAGAAAGUGGAGACAGAGUAUGCUCGCUUUGAGAACGGACGCUUUGUCUACAGGAUAAGCCGGUCUCCCAUGUGUGAAUAUAUGAUCAACUUCAUCCACAAACUCAAACACUUGCCUGAGAAAUACAUGAUGAACAGCGUCCUGGAGAACUUCACCAUCUUGUUGGUGGUCACAAACAGAGACACACAGGAGACCCUGCUGUGCAUGGCCUGUGUGUUUGAGGUGUCGAACAGUGAACACGGAGCCCAGCAUCACAUCUACAGACUCGUGAAGGAAUGAAACAGUUCUUUCACACAGACUCUGAACCUCAGUACAGUGGCAGUGCCUCUCGCUUAACACACACUCAAGAUGAUUUUCCCACACAUUUGGGUGACGCUUAUAAUUAUAUAUUUUUUCUUUAGUAAUAUGUAUUUGACGUUUAACUGCAGCUGUGAAUUGCGGUACAGUUGUAUUAUGUUUUAAUAUGGGAAAGAAUGUCAAAGAAUACGUAAUCAACAUUAAUUCCUAGGCUGUACAGAUAAAGUGACAGUAUCAUUUGACUUUAAGAUUGGGUUGAUUUAGAUUGAAUCUGAAAACAACCUCAUUUUAAUUUUUAUCAUGUAAUGUACAAGAAAAGAGAACAUAUUUGCUUCCUGUCCCUGUUUAUGUCUGUCAUUUGUAUGAAAGCAUAUGGGUGUAGCCAUAAAUGUGUGUAUGAUGUAGGUGUGUACAAAUGUGUAUAUACAUUCUCACAUACUUGUAGAUUUUUCCCAAAGAAAAGGUAUUUGAGAAAUUCCAUCCUGGAACAAUGAUUUUUUUUUUUUUUUUUUUUUUUUAAGAAAGAAAGCUACUGUAGAUGUAAAAAGAAACAUUCUUGUGGCCAUCGGAAAACAACAGUUCCUGCAUUCAGAACAUCCACAUAAUUCAGGGAAUUCAGAAGUCCAGCCAUUGAAAAAAAAUUUUUCUUUUGUACACGUUCCUUUAUUCUUUUUCAUUGACAUCCUGAGGAAUUACUGCACUGUGAUAAGUUUAUAAUAACCUGUGUCUAUUUUCAAUUACGUCAUUGCCUGCAAUAAGAAAAUGCAGAAAAUCAACCUCUUACUGUUUCCUGUACAGCUAAAUGUCUCCUGCCAACAUGCUUGUGUAAAGAGUAACUCUAAAAAAAAAAAAACAAGAAGCACUGCAUUAACUAACAGGGGUUGAUGGAUUAUCUAUCGACUUAACCCGAGCACUUGGAUCCACUUGUUGGACUUGCCUUAGAGCGUAAACUCCCUCAGAUUUGGGACAAUUGUUCCACAGACGCACUGAGGAGGUCACACUUCCCGAAACCCAUCCCUGAACGCGCCUGUACUUUCUGGAGUGCUUCAUCUUCAAUACGGAUUUAGUUAUGGAAUCAAUCAUGCUGCCUUUGAAUACCCAUACAGCCCAUGUCUCUGUGGCCUAAGCGUUUUCUACGACUGCAAAGCCUUAAUAAUAGUUGUGUGAAUUCCAAAAGAUGCCACUAAAGCUGUGACCUCUUUCCUAAGCUGGAAGACUUUCUUAUCGUCACAUGUUGUAGGAAUUGUACAGUAAAAAACUGCCAAAGUGUAACUCAUACAGCACAGUGCCUUAGUGUAUGAAGUGAACACGGAAGAGUGUCAUUAUUUUGGGAAAAUAAAAAAAUAAAAACAUUUAGAUUCUAAAGUAUGUCAUCGUAAUUAAAGAGCACUGGCCAGUGUGCACAUUUGGUCGACCUUUAACGCUUUCUUGCUGAAGUCUCAGUGAUGUAAAACAUAUAACACGUAAAACAAAUUAUCCAAUCUUGCCUUUCUUAUCCAAAAAGACCAAAAAGUUUAAGGAGAUGCAUUUAUCUUCUCUUUAUUUCCUGCACUGUAGCAUGAAAGUGCCUUUGGUUCAGAUUUUCCAGCUUAGAAAAGACUUAAAGGGAUAGUUCACCCAAUAAUGAUCAUUUACUCACCCUCAUGCUGUCUCAAACUCGUGUGACUAGAAGGAUGUUUUGUCCAUACAAUUUAAGUCAAUGAGGUAUAACGCUUUCAAGUUUCAAAAAGCACAUAAAGGCAGCAUAAAAGUAAUCCAUACGACUCAUUAUACGAGUGGUUUAAUCCAUGUCUUCUGAAGUUAUGUGAUUGUAUUGGGUUAAAAAAACAGACCAAAAUUUAAGUCCUUGUUCACUAUAAUGUGCCCUUCAAGUGGAGUCAGAAAUAUCGUAAUUAUGAGUUCUGACCACACAAAUGACCAAGCGAAGUCAUAUUAACGAGUGGGAAACUCGAAUUCUAGAUGAUACACAAGUUUCAGAUUUGAUACGUUGGAAGGGGCGUGUUGACAUGAAAAGCAAUGAUUUUGCAAAAUUAUUUCAACUUCUGUAAUUUAUUUCAAUAAUAUUAAUUUGUUAUAUAUGACAGUCAACUAAUGACUCACCCUUCGUGGUUUGUUUGAAGCAAAUUAAUUAAUAAUAUGUUAGAUACCAUGCAUUAAUAAAUCAUAUAUGUCGUUUAUAAGUGAUGCAGGUUUAUUCACUAAUGUUUAUUCACUGGUACAACAGAAAAAGGGUUUUUGCCAUCAUUCAUUGCGUUGUUUAUGUUUGGCUUCUUCUGUAUUUGGUUUACCACAUGAAUGCAUGACAUAUCGUAGUAACGAAUGCCCGACUUGGAGGUACGAGCUUCCUAGGUGCACUUGAAGGCUGCAUUAGUCUUUACACCCAGGCAGAUUGGAAUACAGUGCAGGCUUCAAGACUAUUCAUCCACGUGGUUGCCAAGUACUCAAUCCCGGUAUCAGACAAUAUACAUCAAUAAGAUGUUCCAUUUUCAUUGUCUAGUGUUCAUCAUCAACCUUUUGGUGACUGUGAUACAUUUUAAAAGUAGCCCAAAAAACUCAAUCAUUUUAGCUUGUAACUGCAUUUUCAGAAUAGCCCAACUGGGCAUGAAAACCUGGCAACACUAUGUCUGGUUUGUGUACAGUGCUCUGUAUCAAGUGAGAGGAAGUGUGAAUGAGCUUCUCUCAUGAGCACGUGUCAAGAUUUAUAGUGAAUAAGAACUUCAAUUUUGGUCCGUUUCACACCCAAAAUGAUCAUAUUGCUUCAGAAGACAUGGAUUAAACAACUGGAGUUGUAUGGAUUACUUUUGUGCUACAUUCAUGUGCUUUUUGGAGCUUGAAAAUUUUGAACCCCAUUGACUUGAGGACAAAAACACCUCAUACAUCUUACAAAAUGUCUUUGUUCCACAGAAGAAAGAAAGUCAUAUGAAUUUGAGAUGGCAUGAGGGUGAGUAAAUGAUGCAAGAAUUGUCAUUUUUGGGUGAACUUUACCUUUUAUUAUUUUGCAUUAUUAAGAUUAUCAAAAAUACCAAAUAAGUGGAUGUAGGUAAAAUAUUCACCACAUUGCCUUCAUAAAAUUUUAUAGAAAAAUCAACAUGGGCUAGUGAGCGGAUAUGUACUGAGAUAAAUUUCUAUAAUAAUGAUUAUUAAAGACAAAUAUCUAUCAGCAUUUGGUUUGGUGGAUGUGGCAAACUGUACUUUUUUAUUUGAAGAUCAUUGGUUCAUUUGUGCUGAGUUGCUUUCUGUGAGAGACUUAUCUGACAUAGAGCUUUAGCUACUUUUUUAGCGCAUACAUUGCAAAAGUGAAAAACCUCAUGGCGUCGUUGAGAUUAUGACAGCUGAAAUGCCGUUUUCUCUUUGUAUUGUUUUUAAGCCAUUUUAAUGUCUUAUUUUUCUUUCAUGAAUAUAGUAAACACUAUAUCGAGUGACGUCAAGGUGUGUUACUCCUCAAACCUUAGCAAAUAGUCAACCACAAUGUCACUUUUAAAUCCUUUAUGGAAAAAGCUGACUUCUACAGACCAUAUUAUCUCCACUACGCUUCAUAAUUUAUUGUUUAUGUAAGUGGACGAUUUCAGAGGAACCAUCAAAGUGAUAGACUCAUAAGUUAGAUUUACAGCUCUCUAUGUUGUACCGCUUAAAGUAAACUGUGGAGUUCAGUACGCUUGAUAUCAAAACGGCAAACAAUGUUGAGUGUUUUGUGUUUGCCUUCCCUUCGCCCUUUGUUCAUGUUUCAUGUAGAGAUCUUUCUGUAUUGUUCUACAUGUAUAUGCGAUGGUUUUGUGAUGACGUCAGUAUAAUAUUCUGAACCCAUUUUGGGUGGUGAUACUGUUACUGCUGCUCUGCUGGUGCUUUCGCUAUAUCAGUUCCUCCUUUAACAGUCCCCCUAUACUGCUCUAGGGAUCUGAGGACUAAUGCCUUUAAUAUGAUGAAUGUUAAAUGGACAUUAUUUUGCUAGAAAUAGACACUACACAAGGAUUUUAUUGGAAUCUGGACUACAGUAUGUCGGCAGCUUAGCUUAUGUUUUUUGAUCGUUUGUAUUUUGUCUAUGUGUAGGUACUGGUACCUUCUAAGUUCAUUACCAUUUAAAGAUGUUGGCUUUAAAGUGAACUUUUCUCUAGUUCAAGAUAGUAUCAUAAAAAGAAAUUGGGUUUGUGUGCAGAGAUUUUUUUGUAAAAAGGUGCUUUGUAUAAAAUUAUAUAUUCUGGCUUUUCUUGGUACAAAGGUGUGAUAUCUUUUAAUAUCCUCCCGAUGAUGGAAUAAACAACAACAUUGGAGCAAGUUUAAGAGAGAAGAGAGAAAAUGUACUAUGUGUGUGUUCUUUAUCGCAUAUGGUCUUGUCUUUGCUCCGUAACAUUUUGAUGCCUUCUUGAUAAAGUGGUAGGUAUUUUGUAGCUUUCUAGAUACUUUGUAUGUAUACAAUAUUGAAUAAAAUAAAUAAUUA